GGUUGAUCAUUAUUUGAGUGACUAUGGAUACCAUCGUCUUCAUCUCCUAACACGGUCCUAUUUAAGAUUUGCUACAUUAUCUUUUCCUAUAAAACCCUAUUUUAUUCUCUCAGAGUCUCACUCACUCGUUACACACAGCAUAAACAACUAGCUACUCAAGAUAUACACCGUCUUCUCCUCCACAAGUUCUGCAUUUAGAAGUGUCUCUCAUCUCUCCCUCCUUCUAAUAACAUCAUCAUGUUGCCAAGGAGUCGAACUCUUCCUUCCAGAAUCCAUCAUGGCGCUGUUGAAGAGAGGCAUGAUAUCCGUCACUACCUGCAAGUGGAAGUUCAACCUAAAGGCGCCAUCAAUGAGUCUGAAGCAAUUAAUCCUCAGGCCAACUAUUCCAAGUGCUUCGAUGAUGAUGGCCGCUUGAAGAGAACAGGAACUUUGUGGACCACAACUGCGCACAUUGUCACAGCCGUUAUAGGGUCCGGUGUGCUAUCCUUAGCAUGGGCGGUAGGUCAGCUGGGUUGGGUUGCAGGACCGUCUGUGCUGCUUCUCUUCGCCAUUGUCAAUCUUUACACCUCCAACCUCCUAUCACAGUGCUACAGGACCGGGGACCCUGUCACCGGACAAAGAAAUUACACCUACAUGGCUUGUGUCAAGGCUAACUUAGGGGGACCGAAAGUUAAUAUAUGUGGGUGGAUGCAAUACUUAAACAUGGCUGGUGUGGCAAUUGGCUACACAAUCGCAGCCUCAGUCAGCAUGAUGGCUAUAAAGAGAUCGAAUUGUUUUCACAAGAGUGGAGGAAAAGAUCCUUGUCACAUGAACAGCAACGGGUACAUGAUAACAUUUGGGAUAGCAGAGAUAAUAUUUUCUCAGAUCCCAGACUUUGAUCAAGUAUGGUGGCUCUCCAUUGUUGCAGCUAUUAUGUCUUUCACAUACUCCAGUGUUGGUCUUUCUCUUGGCAUUGCCAAAGUUGCAGAAAAUGGGAGCAUCAAGGGAGGCCUAACUGGUAUCAGCAUAGGGACACUAACACAUGCCGGAACAGUGACUUCCACACAGAAGAUAUGGAGGAGUUUCCAAGCUCUUGGAGCUAUUGCUUUCGCAUACUCUUAUUCACUCGUCCUCAUUGAAAUUCAGGACACAAUAAGGUCACCUCCAGCGGAGCACAAGACCAUGAAGAAGGCAACUUAUAUGAGUGUCACGGUGACAACCGUAUUCUAUAUGCUCUGUGGAUGCAUGGGCUAUGCUGCCUUUGGUGAUGAAGCUCCUGGAAAUCUUCUCACUGGCUUUGGCUUCUAUAACCCAUACUGGCUUCUUGACAUAGCCAAUGUCGCGAUUGUUGUCCAUCUUGUUGGUGCAUACCAGGUGUUUUGCCAGCCAUUAUUUGCUUUUGUGGAGAAAUGGUGUGCACAGAAGUGGCCAAAGAGUGACUUUGUAACAGCAGAAUAUGACAUACCAAUCCCUUGUUAUGGUGUUUACCAGCUGAACUUCUUUCGCCUAGUUUUUAGGACCUGUUUCGCGAUGAUGACAACCCUCAUAGCCAUGCUCAUGCCUUUCUUCAAUGACGUCGUGGGAAUACUUGGAGCCAUGGGGUUUUGGCCAUUGACAGUGUUCUUCCCUAUUGAGAUGUAUAUAGCUCAGAAGAAGAUUGGGAGAUGGACAACGCGGUGGGUUGCACUUCAGAUACUAAGUAUGACUUGUCUUAUGAUUUCCAUAGCCGCGGCUGUUGGCUCUGUGGUUGGUGUUUUCACCGAACUUAAAACUUACAAGCCUUUCAAGACUAGUUAUUGAUCGAAACACUCUUCAAGAGGGAGAGUCUAAAGAGUAGGAAUUCGGUAAAUUAAAUCAGAAAAAGAUUCUGUAUUCUGUACUGUGUGAGUAAGAAACUGCAGAUACUUAAAGGAUCUGUAGUUUUUGUAAUGAAUAAAAUGUAUCCUUAAUGUU